UACUAAAUGUACCACACCGCACCACUUCUCUUCUUCACUGCUCUCUACCCACUCUUGCAUUUCAUUCCUCAUCUCAUUACACCAUUUUUUCCGUGCCUGCUUGCUUGUCCGCGACUCACACCCCCCAGCAUUCGGCGCCGGCGGAGGUGCAGAUUACUAAGGUGGAGGAGAAGGGCGGACCUGGAGGCGGAGGAGGAGGGAAAUGAAAGGUGGAGGCGGGGUUUAUCCCGGGAAAAGGCGAUGGAAGUGUCUGGUUAUAGGCGUGCUUUUCCUCGUUGUCUUUUCCAUGCUUGUUCCUCUGGUCUUCUUGCUCGGCCUUUACAACGGCUUUCACUCUUCUGGCUACGUCUCUGAUCGGUCAAGUUCUAGUUCUGAUUCGGGUUCAAAUGGUGCUAGAGCUGAUCACAGCAAUUCUCUGACCCAUUAUAAGAGGGACCAAUCAAAAAUACGGGAAAUUAUAGAUCAUUUCGGGCCAACCCUUCCAAAUCUAGAGUUGCAUAGCUGGUUGAUCAUGUACUUCAAUUUGUGGGAUGCCUUAAGAAAUCAUACAAAUGAAGCAAGAAAUGUAAGUAGCACUACAGAUGUAAAGCAUGAUGGCCAACAACAACAGAAAGGUACCCCAGUCCCAGUGCCACGUCAUUCUUUGCCGCAACCACUUUCAGUUGGAAAUAAUGAUAAAGCUGGUGCUGCAGAAGUAAUUGAAUCCACUAAAAAUGUAGUCGAGGACACCGAAAAUUUAUGUGAGCUGAGAUUUGGCAGUUAUUGCAAAUGGCGUGAGGAACAUAGAGAAGAUAUGAAGGAUUCUAUGAUCAAAAAAUUAAAGGACCAGCUUUUUGUUGCUAGAGCAUAUUUUCCAAGCAUUGCUAAACUUCCAGCACAAAACAAGUUAUCUCAAGAAUUGAAACAAAAUAUUCAAGAAUUUGAGCGUAUUCUUAGCGAAAGUACAACAGAUACUGAUCUUCCAUCACAAAUUGAGAAGAAGUUACAGAAGAUGGAGCUUGCAACAGCCAAAGCUAGAACAUUCCCUGUGGAAUGUCAUAAUGUUGACAAGAAACUGAGACAAAUACUUGAUAUGACUGAGGAUGAAGCUAACUUUCACAUGAGGCAGAGUGCAUUCCUCUAUCAGCUUGCAGUUCAAACCAUGCCAAAGAGUCUUCACUGUCUGUCCAUGAAACUGACUGUUGAAUAUUUCAAUUCUUCUUUACAUGAUAUGCGACCCUCUCCAUCUGAGAAAUUUUCAGACCCUACAUUGCAUCACUAUGUUAUAUUCUCCAAUAAUAUACUUGCAUCUUCGGUUGUUAUCAACUCAACUGUUACACAUACGAGAGAUAGUGGCAAUCUGGUUUUUCAUGUGCUGACAGAUGAACAAAAUUAUUUUGCAAUGAAGUUGUGGUUCUUCAGGAAUACUUAUAGAGAAGCCUCCAUUCAAGUGUUGAACAUUGAACAUCUUGACCUAGACUAUCAUGAUAAAGCAGCUUUGUUAAGCAUGUUCUUGCCUGUGGAAUUUCAUGUUUCUUUUCUUGGUGUUGAUAGUCCAUCUGCAACUCAUUUAAAAACAGAAUACAUAUCUGUUUUUUCUCAUGCUCACUAUCUUCUUCCAUAUAUAUUCCAAAACUUGAAGAAAGUUGUGGUUCUGGAUGAUGAUGUUGUCGUGCAGCGAGAUUUGUCUGAUUUAUGGAAUCUCAACAUGGGAGGGAAAGUAAAUGGUGCUUUGCAAUUGUGUUCAGUGCGGUUGAGUCAGCUCAGCAGUUAUUUGGGUGAAAAUAGCUUUGAUAAAAAUUCUUGUGUUUGGAUGUCUGGAUUAAAUGUAAUUGAUCUUGCCAGGUGGAGAGAGCUGGAUCUUACUGAAACUUAUCGGAAACUGGGACAACAGGUUAGCAAGCUGAUAGAAUCAAUUGAAGCUUCUGCACUGAGUGCAAGCUUGCUUACCUUUCAGGACCAAAUAUAUGCACUUGAUAAUGUGUGGGCUUUGUCGGGAAUGGGUUAUGAUUAUGGGCUUGAUGUGAAAGUCAUUAAGAAUGCUGCAAUAUUGCACUAUAAUGGAAAAAUGAAACCCUGGCUGGAGCUAGGAAUCCCUAAGUAUAGACGUUAUUGGAGUAGUUUUCUGAACCGAGAUGAUCAUUUCUUGGGGGAGUGCAAUGUAAAUUAAUGACAGUCAGUUGUCGGGUUGCCAUGUUUUCUGGAAAAUAUAGGCUUGAGAAGCAUGUGUAAAUGGUUAUUUUUUUGGUGCUGAGGAUUUUUCUGAGCUGGGUUAUGAAAGGGCAGCCGGUGACAGAUUAUACCCUUCUGAUUUUUUGGUAAAUAAAAAAAAAAGUCGAAUAUUUUCUAUUUUCUAUUUUCUAACAAAGCAGAAGGGAACGGAUACUUUUGGGAUGGCUACAGUUGCCAGGCCUGGAGGAUUGGCUGUAUGAAAUGUGAUUUUAUUGGUUCAAGGAGUGAGAGGAAGCAACUUAAUUCUCUACUUCUUAUUUUGGUAAAAUCUGAUUGACAAUAACAACAAUCAUGUGCAAGGAAAAGGUACGCCUUUACGUUUAUAUGAAGGCCUUUACGUUUAUAUGAAGAAGUUUGAAUUACCAUUCGUGAUGUAAAUGAUGGAUUAGAAGGUAUGUAGUCUUUUGAUUGUCAUACUAAGUCAAUUCUUUUCCUGAGGUUUCUAUUAUUUGAAUCGGAACUACAAUUUUUUUUUUUCUUUAAUGAUAAAGUCAGUAGCUAAUUUUUACAUUUUGUAUGAAACUAAUGAUGAGUUUCUUCUUUUAUCAAUUGAAUUAGUAUAUUUUCCUGAAAA